UCCACAAAGCAGACCUGCAGAGACUUAAACUUAGAAUGGAGCUGACAAUGUUUUUCCGAGCACUGCUGCUAAUCUGCUCUCUGUCUAUAUCUCAGCUCCAGGCUUUGACCCACAAAGAACUAAUUUCCCAUUCAAGGAAAAAUGGAUCACAGGUAGAAGAUGCUGAAAUUGUUCCUAACCCCCAACAAACAAUUCCACAGGACAUCAAUACUGUGCUGAGAGAGUUGAUCGCCUCGGUGGCUGGACUGAAGGUGGAGACAAAGUACCUACAGAGAGAUCAUGAAGCUAACACGAGAGAGCUGAAAGAUGAGUUGGAGAAGGUGAAACAACUGUACCAAGCUAAGACAGAGGAGUUGGACAAGCUGAAACAACAGCACCAAGUUCAGACACAAGAGUUGGACAAGGUGAAACAACAGCACCAAGAAGAUCUUAUCAAUUUUAAAAGCAGGGCAAACAUCACUGAAAAUCAGGUGGAGACUCUAAAGAAAGAAGCCGAAGUGAAACGAGUGGCUUUCUCAGCUUCAUUGUUGGCCUCAGGCUCAGAAACUCUCGGCCCAUUUAACUCGCACGUCCCUCUGAUCUUCAGGCAUGUUGUUACAAAUAUCGGAAAUGCCUACAACCCAAACACAGGGUUUUUCAUAGCACCACUGAGAGGAGCCUACCACUUUGCAUUCAAAGUAGGUGCAAAUGGACAUUCUUCACAUGCUUCAGGUGCUGUGCUGGUCAAGAACGGAGAACACAUUUUUAUUGCAUAUGAACAUCAAGUUAAUGGAUUCGGUUCUUCAGCCAGUGGUGUCACAUUGUUGUUAGAAAUAGGAGAUGUUGUGUUUUUGCGUCAGUGGCAAAACACAAGGAUAUAUGAUAAUACAAAUCAUCAUACAACCUUCAGCGGCCAUCUGCUUUUCACCAUAUGAGAAGAUCUGAUUUCUCUAUCAACAUUAUAAAUCAGCAGAAACUAUUGUUUUAUGUUAAAGUUUUAGUUUCAUGUGAAAAAAUGUAAUCAAACCAAAAUAUAAAUUAUUCAAACCAACUCUGCUGCACAGUAGUUUCAACAGGUUAUUCAUGUUCCUCUUGUAGUUCUGAAGGAUUAAGGUGAUUGUACUCAAGAAGAAGCAUCAAUAACUGUUUAGAAGUGCUGUGUGAAUAAAUAUCUUUUAUAAAUUAAUCAGUGGAUGACUGUGGUAGGUAUAGGUGUGUUUGUGUCUAUUUUUAGAUCUAUGUGCAUGUAGCAAACUAUUCUGAAUACAUUUUAAACUAAAAUAUAAAAUUUAUUUCCCUGCCUUUGAAUAAAAAUGG